AUGACCUCUCGAGACGGAUAUCAGUGGACACCCGAGACUGGACUCACGCAGGGAGUUCCAUCGUUGGGUGUCAUCUCACCACCUACUAACAUCAAAGAUGAGGAUAAAGAUGGGCCUUGGGACGUCAUUGUCAUUGGUGGUGGAUACUGCGGAUUAACUGCCACAAGGGACUUGACAGUCGCAGGCUUCAAAACCCUCCUUCUCGAAGCCCGAGACCGCAUCGGCGGGCGUUCCUGGUCCUCCAACAUCGACGGCUAUCCCUACGAAAUGGGCGGCACCUGGGUCCACUGGCACCAAUCGCACGUAUGGCGCGAAAUCACACGCUACAAGAUGCACAACGCGCUCUCACCCUCAUUCAACUUCAGCCGCGGAGUCAACCACUUCCAACUGCGCACCAACCCCACCUCAUCAACCUACAUGACCCACGAAGCCGAGGACGAGCUCCUCCGCUCUGCGUUGCACAAGUUCACCAAUGUCGAUGGCACCAACGGACGGACCGUCCUCCCCUUCCCGCAUGACAUGUUCUAUGUUCCGGAGUUUAGGAAGUAUGAUGAGAUGUCGUAUGCGGAGCGGAUUGAGCAGAUCAAGGAUGAGUUGAGCCUGAAUGAGAGGAGUUCUCUGGAGGCGUUUAUCUUGCUGUGCUCGGGUGGAAGGAUGGAGAAUAGCUCGUUUGGAGAGUUUCUGCAUUGGUGGGCGAUGAGUGGGUAUACGUAUCAGGGGUGUAUGGAUUGUUUGAUCAGUUACAAGUUUACGGAGGGCCAGAGUGCGUUUGCGAGGAGGUUUUGGGAGGAGGCGAUGGGGACGGGGAGGUUGGGGUAUGUGUUUGAGUGUCCGGUUAGGAGUGUGGUUGAUGAGAAGGGUGGGAGGGGAGUGAGAGUGACGGCGAGGGAUGGACGGGAGUUUGUUGCCAAGCGGGUGGUGUGCACUAUUCCGCUUAAUGUUCUCUCUACGAUUCAGUUCUCGCCUGCCUUGGCUACAGAGAAGGUCUCUGCUAUGCAGGCAGGGCAUGUGAAUAUGUGUACCAAGGUGCAUGCCGAAGUGGAUAAUAAGGAUAUGCGGUCGUGGACGGGCAUCGCGUACCCGUUUAACAAGCUGUGCUAUGCUAUUGGUGAUGGGACCACCCCUGCGGGAAAUACGCAUUUGGUGUGUUUCGGGACUGAUGCGAAUCAUAUCCAGCCCGAUGAGGACGUGCGGGAGACGUUGAAGGCGGUUGGGGAGUUAGCGCCUGGGGAGUUUGGGGUGAAGCGGUUGGUGUUUCAUAAUUGGGUGAAGGAUGAGUUUGCGAAGGGCGCGUGGUUCUUCUCGAGGCCCGGGAUGGUGAGUGGGUGUUUGGACGGGUUGAGGGAGAGGCAUGGUGGUGUGGUGUUUGCGAAUUCGGAUUGGGCGUUGGGGUGGAGGAGUUUUAUUGAUGGGGCGAUUGAGGAGGGGACGAGGGCUGCGAGGGUGGUGUUGGAGGAAUUGGGAACGAAGAGGGAUGAGGUCAAGGCUCGGUUGUGA